UCUUAUUUCCUUUCUCGUGAUUUCCGGUUCCCGUGUUUCCCAUGAUGCCGUGCACAGUGGGUGUAAAUUCGAAGUUUCAAACAUUAAAAAUGGAAGAGGGAUCGAGGAGGAGAGAGGUUGAGUGUGCAAACAUGACUGUCACCAAACACAGCAGUACCAACGAAACUUCUAACAACAGCUACAAUGACAAACUUAUUAACACCAAUCAAUGCACAUCUCACGAAGAACAAACAAAGGUUUCAUCUGACGGAGAAACGGAAAGGAACAUUUUGUGCCAUGUCGAUGAUCCUGAAUCCUCCCCUCAUUCUCAGGUGGAAAAUGUGUGCCUGCUGGACAACAUUGGUGAGAUUGAGAGAGACAGGGUUUGUGUGGAGACCUUUAAACCAUCAGAGGACAAAGAAAACAGAAAUAUCUCCACACAUGCAAAAACUGAGCAUAGAGGUGACGAUCAUGAUGUAGGUUGCCAGCAGACCAAUGCUUUGGCCAGUUCUUCUGGCAGUCAGGGGGAAUCUAGUGAAAUAUCUGCACACCAUGUUGAUGAUGAGGAAAUAUUCAGGAGAGCGAGAGAGGAAGGACGAGUGAAUGUCGUCUUCCCCGGGCACAUCACCCAGGACGGUUGCUGUAGAUUAGUUUGCGAGCUUCUGAAGUGUGUCCUUUACCAGCGGCAACAGAUGCCAAUGACAUAUGACCAAAUGGUGUUCCUGCAGAAACAGCAGCAUAAUACCACUCAGACGGAGGACACGGUGAACCGACGGCCUGCAAAGACAUCAGGGGGCUUGGACUGGCGUCGGUGCCAGCGGACGUUGCAGGAGUUGGAUGAAGUGCUGGCUCACCUUGAGGCCCUAUUCUCUCUUAGCCAUGUUCCCUGUGUGCUUUUUCUGCUGGGUGGAUCUACCAUCCUUCCCACUGAGCUUUAUGAGGUCAACAUGGAAGCAUUGGCUGUUGAGGCUGGCAAAAACAGCUUAAGGACCUCAAGCUGUCUAAGACAGCUUUUCCGGACGCUAUUUGUGGCCGACCUGUUGUCGGAUGCCAAGUCUGUGCGUCUCAUGACCACCACAGUCAUGGCUCUGGGGCACCGGGAUUGUGGUGUGACUGGGUUUAAACCCAAAGUGGAUUUUAAAUUUCCCACAAAAGUGAAAAGACAAGUCAUCUCUAUAGCCAGUGAUUUGUCACUUACCGGGGAACUACAAAAAAGUAAGAGAGACCUGGAGGACUAUAUAUGGUUUCAGGCCCCUGUCACUGUGAAAGGAUUCUGUAAAUGAUGAGGGAAUAAAGAGUAACAGAUUUCAGGGAAUGUUGGAAUACAAUUCACUCCAUUCUCAGGGAUCAUUGUAUGACUGGCCAAAAAAUAUGGGCUAUUGUUUUUUUGUUUUUUUUAAUAUGCUUUAUUCAGGAAUUCUGUGUGAACUUUAAUGUUUUAUAACUGCAGAUUAUUUAUGCCAUGUUUA